AUGCACAGCGUAUUGUUUAGUUUCUGUAAUUAGAAAAAGAAAAAUUUAAGCCUUAAAGUUUUCCAAACGAAAAAAAAUAUAUUUUAUUUUAUUUUUUUUGUCUCUAACUCUUAAAAUAAAGCGAAGAAUGCAUUUCACCGCUACCGUUUAUAAAAUCGUUGUCUUAAUUAUUAACAUAAUUUUAGUGUUUUUGGGGUCUAUAAUCAUAUGGUUAGCAUUGCGCUUAAUACGUAGCCUGAACAAUGGCGACAUUAUUGAGGGCGAAAAUUUGGCGGCUGGCCUUAUCGUUACCUUGGGGGCCGUAAUCAUCACUGUUGUCAUUUAUGGUAGCGUAGUAACAAUAUUGGAGAGUAAAAGUUACUUGAUCUCUUUCGCCAUUCUUUUAAUACUACUCUUAAUAGUUCAAUUAAUAAUGGUUAGCAUUAGUUAUUGGGCGGUUAAUAUGGGCUUAGCGCAAGAUCUUAAGAAAGACUUCGACGAAUUAUGGGAAGGAAGCGAUCAAACUGUAAAUAGUACUCUUUCGAAAUAUGAACAGUGGUUUCAAUGUUGUGGUAAAAAUAGCGCCGAGGACUAUUUUUUGUUAGAUAAAGUGCCGCCUUCCAGUUGUUGUAAAUAUCACGACUGCACCAACAUACUUCAUGUGUACGUGGAAGGUUGUGAAGAUAAAUAUCGUAACUAUAUUAAAACGAAAACUAAUCAUUUUAAUAUAAUCAGUUGGCUGAUAAUUGCUUUUGAGCUUUUCGAUGCGAUAUUUGUUUGCAUGUUAGUGGAUAAUAUACGGAAUCGUAGAGAUCGCCAACAUUGGUACAGUUAAUUGUAAUUAAACUAGGGAUUGUUGAUGAAAGUAAGCAAUAAAUAUAACACAAACACACAUACCACGAUUAUAUAUACUUUUCUUCCAAGCGGAUGUAUUUUA